GUAUGGUCUAAGGCAAAAGGUGCAACAUUGCCAGAACUUCACUGAAAUUACUGCUUCGAGUAGAGAAAUGUCUUUUGGGAGUGAGGGAGGAAGAGAGACCUGGAAACAACAUCAAAGCUUGAGCAACAUGAACCGUGAAGACCGGAAUGUGCUGCGUAUGAAAGAAAGGGAAAGGCGAAAUCAAGAAAUUCAACAGGGUGAAGAAGCCUUUCCACCUAACUCUCCUCUCUUUGCUGAACCAUACAAAGUUACGAGCAAAGAAGACAAAUUGUCUAGUCGUAUUCAGAGCAUGCUUGGUAAUUAUGAUGAAAUGAAGGAUCUUAUAGGAGAUAGAUCGCUACAAAAGCUUGUUGGAAUUCCCAAACCAACUGUACCAUCAACACCAGAUGAAAAAUCAAACCAAAGUUUCUUUGGUGAUCAGAGACACAAUACUAGCUCACAUCAGAGCAGCAAAUGGACUCCUGUAGGACCAGCACCUAGCACUUCCUCACAAUCUCAGAAACGGUCCUCGGGUUUACAGAGUGGACAUAGUAGUCAGCGUGGCAGUGGCAAUAACACUAGCAGUAGUGGCCAGAGGCAUGACCGUGACUCGUACAGUAGCAGCAGCAUUCGCAAAAAAAGCCAGCAUGGGUCCGAACACUCCAAACCCCGUUCUUCCAGCCCUGGAAAACCAUCUGCUGUUUCUUCAUUGACCUCCAGCCAUUCAAGAUCUCAUGGAAAUGAUCACCACAGCAAAGAACAUCAACGUUCAAAAUCUCCCCGGGAUCCUGAUGCCAACUGGGACUCGCCCUCCCGCGUACCCUCAUUUUCAAGUGGACAACACUCUAAUCAGUCUUUUCCACCUUCCCUAAUGUCCAAGUCCAGUUCAAUGUUACAGAAACCCACUGCGUAUGUAAGGCCAAUGGAUGGACAGGAAUCCAUGGAACCAAAGUUAUCCUCUGAACACUACAGUAGUCAGACUCACAGCAGCAGCGUGAAUGAGCUGAAGCCUAGCAGUAAAGCACAUCUAACCAAGCUGAAAAUACCUUCUCAACCACUAGAUGCAUCAGCAUCUGGUGAUGUGAGCUGUGUGGAUGAAAUUCUAAAAGAGAUGACCCAUUCUUGGCCUCCUCCACUGACUGCUAUUCAUACGCCAUGCAAAACUGAACCAUCAAAAUUUCCUUUUCCAACAAAGGAGUCUCAGCAGUCCAGUUUUGGCACUGGAGAACAGAAACGAUACAAUCCUUCAUCAAAAACAUCCAAUGGUCAUCAAUCCAAAUCAUGUGAAUCGAACCAGACAGAUAUGUUGAAAGAUGACUUAAAACUUAGCAGUAGUGAAGACAGCGAUGGAGAGCAGGAUUGCGAUAAGACAGUGCCAAGGAGCACACCUGGAAGUAAUUCUGAACCUUCACAGCAUAACAGUGAAGGAGCAGAUAAUUCGAGGGAUGACUCGAGCAGCCAUAGCGGAUCUGAAAGCAGUUCAGGAUCUGACUCUGAAAGUGAAAGCAGUUCCAGUGAUAGUGAAGCUAAUGAACCAUCACAGAGUGCAUCCCCUGAGCCAGAGCCACCACCAACAAACAAGUGGCAACUGGAUAACUGGUUGAACAAAGUUAAUUCACAUAAAGUGUCACCAGCUUCUUCCGUGGACAGCAAUAUCCCAUCUUCCCAAGGCUACAAAAAGGAGGGACGGGAUCAGGGGACAGGGAGCGGGUACACUGAUCAAAGCGGAUCCAAAGAUUCGAUUUCUUCUACACCGGGGCGAGAUUCCAAACCCACCCAAAAGGGCUCAGAGGGCAGUCGUGGCAGGCAGAAAUCGCCUGCCCAGAGUGACAGCUCAACACAGAGGAGGACUGUAGGUAAAAAGCAGCCCAAGAAAGCAGAAAAGACAUCUGUUGAAGAGCCUAGAGGAGGUCUUAAAAUAGAAAGUGAAACCCCAGUAGACAUGGCAACAAAUAUACCUUCAAACAGGCAUAAGGCAGCCACAAAAGGCUCCAGAAAACCCAAUAUAAAGAAAGAGCCCAAAUCUUCCCCUCGGCCUACCACAGAGAAAAAGAAAUACAAGGCUUCAAGCAAAUCUGCCCAGAAAUCCAGGGAAUUCAUAGAAACAGAUACCUCAUCCUCUGAUUCAGAUGAAAAUGAGAGCCUGCCUCCUUCAUCACAAACACCCAAAUACUCUGAGAGCAAUAGGACUCCUGUUAAAUCUUCCAUGGAGGAGGAUGACAGCUUUUUUCGGCAAAGAAUGUUCUCUCCUAUGGAAGAGAAAGAGCUUCUUUCACCACUCAGUGAUCCUGAUGAAAGGUACCCACUUAUUGUGAAGAUUGACCUGAGCCUCUUAUCACGAAUACCAGGGAAGCCUUACAAGGAUGCUGAUGCACCCAAAGUGGAAAAGAAAAACGUGCCAGAGAAGCACACGAGAGAAUCCCAGAAGCAGCCGUCUGACAAAAGUUCUGCAAAAGGCAAAAGGAAACAUAAGCAGAAUGAGGAUGAAAACAGAGCCAGUGAAAGCAAGAAAACGAAACUGGAAGAAAAAGCUCCAUCAGGACACAAGACUUCUAGCAGUAGGGAGUCUUCAAAACCAAGUGCUGUUAAAGAGAAGGAUUUACUGCCGUCUCCUGCUGCCCCAGUCCUGCAGAAAGAUUCCAAGCAAGAACAUGGGUCCCGGAAGAGGACAGUCAGUCAGUCGUCAUCCUUGAAGUCCAGCAGCAACCUUAGCAAGGAGAGUGGCAGUGGCAGUAAAAGCGGCUCAUCUUCUAAACAAAAGAAGACAGAGGGGAAGGGUUCUAGCAGUGCUAAAGAAAUCAAGGAAAAGAUUCUGAACAAUUCAUCAAACUGCCCUCCUGCGUCUGCUCAGUCUACGGAAAGUUCCAAGUCAAGAAGAGCAAAACUUGUUUUUGAUGACAGGACUUAUUCAGCUGAUCAUUAUUUACAGGAAGCAAAGAAGUUAAAACAUAAUGCAGAUGCACUGUCUGACAGGUUUGAGAAGGCUGUGUACUACCUAGAUGCUGUAGUGUCAUUCAUUGAGUGUGGGAAUGCAUUGGAGAAAAAUGCUCAGGAAUCCAAGUCCCCGUUCCCUAUGUAUUCAGAAACUGUGGAAUUAAUCAAAUACACUAUGAAACUGAAGAAUUACUUGGCACCGGAUGCUACAGCUGCAGAUAAAAGGCUAGCAGUGCUUUGUCUUCGGUGUCAAUCUCUACUAUACCUAAGGCUUUUCAAACUGAAAAAGGAAAGUGCAUUGAAAUAUUCUAAAACUCUGACUGAACAUCUGAAGAAUUCCUAUAAUAAUUCUCAAGCACCGUCACCUGGCAUGGGAAGCAGCAAGCCUGUCGGUAUGCCGUCUCCAGUCUCUCCAAAGCUGUCUCCAGGGAAUUCAGGAAAUUACUCUUCCGGGGCAGCCAACCCUUCAGGGAGCGGGUCUUCGGUGACGAUCCCCCAGAGGAUCCAUCAGAUGGCAGCCAGCUAUGUCCAAGUUACAUCUAACUUCCUCUAUGCCACUGAAAUUUGGGACCAAGCCGAACAGCUGUCUAAAGAACAGAAAGAGUUCUUUGCUGAACUGGAUAAAGUUAUGGGCCCUCUGAUUUUUAAUUCGAGCAUCAUGACAGACCUAGUGCGUUACACCCGUCAGGGAUUACACUGGUUGCGCCUGGAUGCCAAGUGAUACUUUGAACUGAAGGAAUGGAAAAUCGAACACAUUUUUCUCGCUGCCUCUGAUUUAUCUCCACAACACUGUGUCAUGUCAAUAAGGAAGACUGCCAUAACACAUUGCUUAGUUGACACUAAGAGCAAGGAAUGCUUUCACAUGUCUCCCAUCCUCAUUUGUGUUUUGUGUUUUAACCCCGAAUAAUCUGGUUAAUGGACUUCUUCAGUAUUCCCAUUUUAAGUUAUUUAAAUAUUUUAAAAUUUGCUACAUAUAAAGGUGUAGUUUUGCUGAUCUAUCAUGGAUAGAUCAUUGGAAUUCCAGUCAUUAUACAUAAAUAGUCAGUUUAAAUCAUAUUUAUUUUAAUUUUUUUUUAUUUUAAUUUUGAAAAGCCCAGUUUGGGGCAGGUUUCAGCUAUUUCUUCCCUAAAUUUACCCUUUCGAGUACUUAGCAGAAAUUAAA